UUCCUCUCUCUCUCUUUCUCCAACCAUAUUCACAGACUCUUUCUUACAAUAGAUCAGCCUCUAAACACCCCAAACAUUACUUUCCAAAACAGUCAAAGAGAAAGAGAGAAGUUAAAGCAGGGAUGGAUUACAACCCAAAUCUCCCCUUAGGAGGAGGAGGAGGGAGCAUGCGGCGAAGCAUAAGCAGAAGCGUAAGCAGAGCAAGCAGAAACCUCGAAGACAUCUUCUCUUCCGGUUCUAGACGCACACAGUCCGUUAACGACGACGAAGAAGCUCUCAAAUGGGCAGCCAUCGAGAAACUCCCAACCUACAGCCGUCUCCGCACAACUCUCAUGACCUCUGUCAUCGAAGACGACGUCUACGGCAACCAGCUCCUCAGCAAAGAGGUCGACGUCACGAAGCUCGACGGAGAGGAUCGUCAGAAAUUCAUAGACAUGGUUUUCAAAGUAGCUGAGCAGGAUAACGAGAGGAUCUUGACUAAGCUUAGGAACAGGAUAGAUAGAGUCGGAAUCAAGCUCCCUACGGUGGAGGUUAGGUACGAGCACUUGACGAUAAAAGCGGAUUGUUACACUGGUAAUAGAUCACUUCCUACGCUACUUAACGUGGUGAGGAACAUGGCGGAGUCUGCUUUGGGUUUGAUUGGGAUUCAGUUUGCUAAGAAAGCUCAGCUGACGAUUCUUAAAGAUAUCUCUGGGAGUAUUAAACCGGGAAGGAUGACUCUCUUGUUGGGUCCACCUUCUUCUGGUAAGACCACGCUUCUCUUGGCUUUAGCUGGAAAGCUUGACAAAGCACUUGAGGUGUCUGGUGAUAUUACUUAUAACGGUUACCGCCUCGAGGAGUUUGUUCCGAGGAAAACAUCUGCUUAUAUUAGUCAGAACGAUCUCCACGUGGGGAUUAUGACGGUUAAGGAGACUCUUGAUUUCUCUGCUAGGUGCCAAGGUGUUGGUACCCGUUACGAUUUGUUGAAUGAGCUCGCAAGGAGAGAAAAAGACGCUGGGAUCUUCCCUGAAGCUGAUGUUGAUCUGUUCAUGAAAGCCUCUGCUGCUCAAGGGGUUAAGAGCAGCCUCAUCACUGAUUACACUCUCAAAAUUCUGGGACUUGACAUUUGCAAAGACACAAUAGUUGGAGAUGACAUGAUGAGAGGCAUCUCCGGAGGUCAGAAGAAACGUGUCACAACUGGUGAGAUGAUUGUGGGGCCUACUAAGACGCUUUUCAUGGACGAGAUAUCCACCGGUCUUGACAGCUCCACCACUUUCCAAAUCGUAAAAUGCCUUCAGCAGAUCGUCCACCUCACAGACGCCACGGUGCUCAUGUCUCUCCUCCAGCCAGCUCCCGAGACCUUCGACUUAUUCGACGACAUCAUCUUGUUGUCGGAAGGUCAGAUCGUGUACCAAGGACCCAGAGACCACAUCCUCGACUUCUUUGAGAGCUUUGGGUUCAAGUGUCCCGAGAGAAAAGGAACUGCUGAUUUUUUGCAAGAGGUCACUUCCAAGAAAGACCAGGAACAGUACUGGGUGGACAGGAACAGACCUUACCGGUACAUUCCUGUUUCAGAGUUUGCCAGCAGGUUCAAGUCCUUCCACGUCGGACAGAAGCUUUCCAACGAACUCUCUGUACCUUUUGAUAAGUCUCGAGGCCACAAAGCAGCUCUUGUCUUCGACAAGUACUCAGUCUCAAAGAUGGAACUUCUCAAGAGCUGCUGGGACAAAGAGUGGCUGCUCAUGCAGCGAAACGCGUUCUUCUACGUCUUCAAGACGGUGCAGAUCAUCAUCAUCGCUGCAAUCACCUGUACACUCUUCCUCAGAACCGAGAUGAACACUAACACCGAGGCUGAUGCAAACCUCUACAUAGGAGCAUUGCUGUUUGGGAUGAUCAUCAACAUGUUUAAUGGGUUUGCAGAGAUGGCUAUGAUGGUCUCGAGGCUCCCUGUGUUUUACAAACAGAGGGAUCUCCUGUUUUAUCCAUCGUGGACAUUCACACUUCCAACGUUCUUGCUAGGGAUACCAACUUCGAUAUUCGAAUCAACGGCGUGGAUGGUGGUGACUUAUUAUUCAAUAGGUUUUGCGCCAGACGCGGGGAGAUUCUUCAAGCAGUUUCUAUUGGUGUUUCUGAUUCAGCAAAUGGCUGCUGCACUCUUUAGGUUGAUCGCUUCUGUGUGUAGAACUAUGAUGAUAGCUAACACAGGUGGUGCUCUCACUCUACUUCUAGUCUUCUUGCUUGGUGGCUUCCUUCUUCCACGUGGUGAGAUUCCUGACUGGUGGGGGUGGGCUUACUGGUUAUCUCCUCUCACCUAUGCUUUCAAUGGUCUAACCGUCAAUGAAAUGUUUGCUCCUAGAUGGAUGAAUAAACGGUCUUUCGACAACAGCACAAGCCUUGGAACCAUGGUGCUUAGUAAUUGGGAUGUCUACCAUAAUAGAAACUGGUACUGGAUUGGUGUUGCAGCCUUGCUUGGUUUCACAGUACUCUUCAACCUUCUUUUCACUAUGGCACUUACUUAUCUCAACCCUCUUGGGAAGAAGUCAGGUUUAAUACCAGAAGAAGAAAAUGAAGACUCGGAUCACAGGGCAGGAGGAGAGGUUGCAAUGGGAAGAAUGGGUAGGAAUGCAAACUCUGCAGGUGAAGCAUCCAGUGGUGGAGCUGCUAAGAGAGGAAUGGUUCUUCCUUUCACUCCUUUGGCUAUGUCCUUUGAUGACGUUAGAUACUUUGUUGACAUGCCUGCGGAAAUGAGAGAGCAAGGAGUAACAGAAAACAGACUACAACUACUUAAAGGUGUGACAGGUGCAUUUAGACCAGGAGUCUUGACAGCACUCAUGGGAGUGAGUGGUGCGGGCAAGACAACACUAAUGGACGUUUUGGCCGGAAGGAAAACAGGAGGAUAUAUCGAAGGAGAUGUCAGAAUCUCAGGAUUCCCCAAAGUUCAAGAGACAUUUGCUAGAAUUUCAGGCUACUGUGAGCAGACUGAUAUUCACUCCCCACAAGUGACAGUCAGAGAAUCUCUCAUCUUCUCUGCUUUCCUCCGUCUUCCCAAAGAAGUCGGCAAAGAAGAGAAAAUGAUGUUUGUGGACCAAGUGAUGGAACUGGUAGAGCUUGACAGCCUCAAGGACUCCAUCGUUGGUUUACCAGGUGUCACGGGUCUUUCCACGGAGCAGAGGAAGAGAUUGACAAUCGCAGUGGAGCUUGUAGCCAACCCUUCGAUCAUCUUCAUGGAUGAGCCUACUUCCGGGCUUGACGCGAGAGCAGCAGCUAUUGUGAUGAGGGCAGUGAGGAACACAGUGGACACAGGAAGAACCGUGGUCUGCACCAUCCAUCAGCCUAGCAUUGAUAUCUUUGAAGCGUUUGAUGAGUUGAUGCUUAUGAAGAGAGGAGGACAAGUUAUCUACGCAGGUCCAUUGGGUAGAAACUCUCACAAGGUGGUUGAGUACUUCGAAGCCUUCCCCGGAGUGCCCAAGAUUCCAGAAAAGUAUAAUCCAGCCACUUGGAUGCUUGAAGCCAGCUCACUAGCUGCUGAGUUAAAGCUUGGUGUUGACUUUGCUGAGUUGUACAAGUCAUCCGCCUUACACCAGCGAAACAAAGCUUUGGUGAAAGAAUUGAGUGUACCUCCAGCAGGAGCCUCUGAUCUCUACUUUGCUACACAAUUCUCUCAGAACACAUGGGGACAGUUCAAAUCAUGUCUAUGGAAGCAGUGGUGGACUUAUUGGAGAUCACCAGACUACAACCUUGUCCGCUUCAUCUUCACACUAGCAACAUCACUCCUCAUUGGUACCAUCUUCUGGCAAAUAGGAGGUAACAGGUCCAAUGCAGCAGACCUGACAAUGGUCAUAGGAGCUUUAUACGCAGCCGUUGUCUUUGUGGGAAUAAACAACUGUUCAACGGUACAGCCGAUGGUGGCAGUGGAGAGGACUGUGUUCUACAGAGAAAGAGCAGCAGGAAUGUACUCAGCUAUGCCAUACGCCAUCUCCCAAGUCACAUGUGAGCUUCCCUAUGUCUUGAUUCAGACCACUUACUACUCCCUCAUCGUCUACGCCAUGGUUGGGUUCGAGUGGACAGCUGCCAAGUUCUUCUGGUUCCUUUUCGUAAGCUACUUCUCAUUCCUUUACUGGACCUACUACGGCAUGAUGACUGUUUCCCUCACACCGAACCAGCAAGUAGCUUCCAUCUUCGCUUCAGCGUUUUACGGCAUUUUCAACCUCUUCUCGGGCUUCUUCAUCCCAAGACCUAAGAUCCCCAAGUGGUGGAUAUGGUACUACUGGAUCUGCCCUGUUGCAUGGACCGUGUAUGGAUUGAUUGUCUCCCAGUAUGGUGAUGUGGAGACACCGAUUACUGUCCUCGGAGGCCCUACCGGACUCACCGUUAAGCAAUACAUUGAGAUCAAUUACGGGUUCGAGUCUGACUUUAUGGGACCAGUUGCUGCCGUCUUAGUCGCAUUCACAGUCUUUUUUGCCUUCAUCUUUGCCUUCUGCAUAAGAACUCUCAACUUCCAGACCAGAUAAAACCCUCAAAAUCUUUUUUUCCUUUUUUCUUUUUGUAUCCUUGUGUUUGAUAAUAUAUCAUAUAUGCAUAUGCUCUCUUUCCUUACUAUAUGUAUUCUAGAGUCAUAAGGAUUUUUUUUUUUUUU